CUCGCAGAGCAGUUUCCACGGCGAAUCGUCUUCUUCUUCAUCCUCCAUAGCACCGCUGCUGCUACGGAAACGACAUCGUUUCGUAGCUUUUCCGUGUACUGCUGAGACUCCGUUCUUCGAUUCCGUUUUCGUUUUCAACGGCGCCGUUUUAGAUUCUACAGAGGAAAACAAAAAAAAAAAAAGCGGAGGAGAGAUUCAAGAACCUACAAUGGAGCAGUACGAGGUUCUUGAGCAAAUUGGAAAAGGGUCUUUUGGUUCGGCUCUUCUUGUAAGGCACAGACAUGAGAAGAAGAAGUAUGUGCUGAAGAAAAUCCGACUGGCCCGACAGACCGACAGAACAAGAAGAUCUGCUCAUCAAGAGAUGGAGUUGAUCUCGAAGAUUCGGAACCCAUUCAUUGUGGAAUACAGAGAUUCUUGGGUCGAAAAGGGAUGCCAUGUGUGCAUAGUGAUAGGCUACUGCAGAGGGGGAGACAUGGCCGAGGCAAUAAAGAAAGCUAAUGGGAAACAUUUCUCUGAAGAGAAACUGUGCAAAUGGCUGGUCCAGCUCUUGUUGGCUCUCGAAUACUUGGACUCCAAUCACAUUCUCCAUCGUGAUGUCAAGUGUUCGAACAUAUUCUUGACAAAGGAUCAAGACAUCCGUCUAGGCGAUUUCGGACUUGCCAAGAUUUUGACGUCGGAUGAUCUCGCCUCUUCGGUGGUAGGAACCCCCACCUACAUGUGUCCCGAGCUUCUCGCCGAUAUACCGUAUGGGUCCAAGUCAGAUAUCUGGUCGCUCGGGUGUUGUAUGUACGAGAUGACGGCUCUGAAACCCGCAUUCAAAGCCUUCGUAAGUUUCCCUUCCGCCUUUUCCGAUUUCUUGCCUCGCCUUUCUACGUUCCGAUCGGGGUUUUCUGUGUUUUCGAUCAAGCAGGACAUGCAAGGUCUGAUCAAUAGGAUAAACAGAUCGAUCGUGGCGCCUCUUCCUGCUCGAUAUUCCGGCGCCUUCCGAGGCCUGGUGAAGAGCAUGCUUAGGAAGAACCCGGAACUCAGACCAAGUGCUUCUGAGCUGCUUAGGCAGCCACUGCUCGAGCCCUAUGUCCAGAAGGUUCAUCUCGCAGUGAACAAUCCGAGGUGCGACAACAUACUUCACGAGCAAUGGUCAAAAUUCGGACCCAUGAGAGAAAGUAGGGAUCUUGCUCAGUGUACAUCCGAGGAUGAACAGGGAGAUUCUUCUGCUUCUAUCAAAGCUGUAUGCCGAUGUCGCAAUCCGAACCACUUACGGCAAGCUGAUAUAUCCGCAGAUACUGAAAGCAAUGAUGGAGUUGUUGUCAGCAGACCCGUCGUUUUAAAAUCUCCGGUGAGAGCUUUGGCCUCUCCCGGGAGAUCGAGGCAACCUACUAGGAGAGACCGAGAUGUGAUACCUGUGUCUCGAGCUCCAGGCAGGAAACCUGCGAGCCUGAUUCGCAGGGCAUCCAUGCCCGUCUCUCGAAAACCCGCGAAAGAAACAAGAGAACCUCCGUACAACCCAAAGAUCGGGAUACUUCACCGCAUAAAAUCUCCGGAAGUCUCUGUAAACGAGCCGAGAAUCGACAAGAUCGAGUUCCCGCUUGCUUCGUACGAGGACGAGCCCUUCAUUCCGGCCGUGAGGUGGAAGAAGGAGGCUUCGUCCCGAGGGUCCUCCUACAGUGCGCAGCCACCCGAGCCACUCGACUGCUCGAUCACCAAAGACAAGUUCACCCUAGAAUCAGGUGAUCAUGAGAGCAAUACAAAGAAACUGCAGUAUCCAGAUGCAUGGCCGGGAAUCGAAUGUAGAGAUUUGCAGACAGAACCUGAAGACAGAAGUGAUUCGUCUGGUCAGUGCAGGAGACAGAGAUUUGACCCGACUUCGUACCGGCAGAGGGCAGAGGCAUUGGAGGGAUUGCUCGAAUUCAGUGCGAGGCUGCUUCAAGAACAGAGAUACGAUGAACUGAAUGUGCUGUUGAGGCCGUUUGGUCCUGGCAAAGUCUCGCCCAGAGAAACUGCCAUAUGGUUGUCCAAAAGCUUCAAGGAAACUUCUUCUAAGCUUCAAGAUUGAUGAACACACCGAUUCUUUUUUUUUCUUUUCUCUUGUUAACUUUUUUCCCUACCUGAUGCUUCUUCCAUGACAUGACAGUUGUGUUCUUCAUCUGCAAUCUGAUGCAUACAUUAACCAAAAUGUAGCUUGUCUUUCUC